AUGGCCACACCAACCAUCCCUUUGGAGCUCACACCUAGAGUUAUCGCACGGCGCAUGGACACGCGCCAGCUGCAUGGUCCUGACUUCCCUGACACGCUCUCGGAUGUGUCUUAUCCUCCCCAAUUACAGAAACCUAGACCGCUUUUGUUCUGGUUUGGUUAUCCUAUCGACUUUGGGAAGCUCGAAGCUUUCGUGAAAGAACAGAGUCCUCUCUACCCUGAUCUCUCUCAGGAUCGUACUCGCAGCGAGGGGAUCAACCAUGCCUGGAAUCGCAUCUUCAUCAUCGGCGUCAUCCGCAAGAUCUUUGGGGAGUCGACUCGAUUGAUACCUGUGUAUGGCCGCAGGGAGGGAAAACCCAUCAUAGUCAUGUCUUUCUACUGCAACUUUGACGCUCCAGGGAGAGUGGUGCAUGAGAACGAGAAGGCGUUUGCCCUUAAGUUCACCAGUUUGGAAGGGGAACCAAGAUGGUACCUUGACUGGCGUCGCAACCCGGUCCCUGAUCCCCCGGACCGAGUCGAGAAAUCCACUGUAUGA